GCGGCCGCGGGGGCCCUCGGCGUGCGCCUGGCGCCCGUGACAGCGGCGCCGCUCGGCUCGUGACCCCGGCUCCGGGCCGCUGCCGACCGCCUCGGCGCGGCCGCGUCGCCCGGCAGGAUGGGCGGCGAGGCGGGGUCCGCGACGGCGGCGGCGGGCUUCGAGGGCCGCGUGAAGAGCCUGGGUCUGGUGUUCGAAGACGAGCGCAAGGGCUGCUACUCGAGCGGCGAGACCGUGGCUGGACACGUGCUGCUGGAGGCGGCCGAGCCGGUGGCCCUGCGCGCGCUGCGCCUGGAGGCCCAGGGCCGUGCGACCGCCGCCUGGGGCCCGAGCGCCGGUGCCGCUGCCCCGGCGGCCUCCUCGGAGGUGGAGUACCUCAACGUGCGCCUCAGCCUGCGCGAGCCCCCGGCCGGGGAAGGCAUCCUCUUACUGCAGCCUGGAAAACAUGAAUUUCCAUUUAGUUUUCAGCUUCCAUCUGAACCUCUGGUAACCUCCUUCACUGGGAAAUAUGGAAGCAUUCAGUACUGUGUGAGGGCGGUUUUGGAGCGACCCCAGGCACCUGAUCAGAGCGUUAAGCGGGAACUCCAGGUCGUCAGCCACAUCGAUGUCAACACACCAGCAUUACUAACCCCUGUAUUGAAAACUCAAGAGAAAAUGGUUGGCUGUUGGUUUUUCACUUCUGGUCCAGUCUCGCUGAGUGCCAAAAUUGAAAGAAAGGGAUACUGCAAUGGAGAAGCUAUUCCGAUCUAUGCAGAAAUAGAGAAUUGCUCCUCGCGCCUGAUUGUUCCCAAAGCUGCCAUUUUCCAGACUCAGACAUACCUGGCCAGCGGGAAGACAAAGACGGUGCGGCUCAUGGUGGCCAACGUGCGCGGGAACCACAUCGCCUCCGGGAGCGCCGACACCUGGAACGGGAAGACCCUCAAGAUCCCGCCCGUGACCCCGUCCAUCCUGGACUGCUGCAUCAUCCGAGUGGACUACUCCUUAGCCGUGUAUAUUCACAUUCCUGGUGCUAAAAAGUUGAUGCUCGAGCUGCCCUUAGUGAUUGGCACAGUUCCAUACAAUGGUUUUGGCAGCAGAAACUCCAGCGUUGCCAGCCAGUUCAUUAUGGAUAUGAGCUGGUUGACACUGACUCUGCCGGAACAGCCCGAAGCACCACCAAAUUAUGCAGACGUGGUGUCAGAGGAAGAAUUCUCUAGACACGUUCCUCCUUACCCUCAGCCCCCUAAUUGUGAGGGAGAGUCAUGCUGUCCUGUGUUUGCCUGCAUCCAGGAAUUCCGAUUUCAGCCUCCGCCACUUUAUUCAGAGGUUGAUCCACAUCCUAGUGACGUAGAAGAGACCCAGCCUGUUUCCUUCAUUCUUUGAACGUGUUUCAGGAAUCACUGUGUUCAUCAUCAAGUUAGAAUGCCGGUUCUUUCCCCCUGCCUUUUUGGGGAAUAGGGAGGGAAGAUUAGCUUAAGAACAUAACGUCAAGACCGAAGGUGGAAGAAAUUUUUAAAAUGUGACAAGAACUUUCCAGUGGGCCGAUAGGAUUGUUGCGCAAGUUUGUGAUGUGGUUUUGUGUCCCCUUUGAACAAUGGGAUGAAGAUAUGAUGUGAAAAGUCUCAGAAUGUACUGAAAGUCCAGAUGGUGAUAGAGUAAGUUGAAGGGGUGCCUAUGUCAACCCAGGAGAAAGAAACGUGCCUGUGAAGAGUGGAAACACUGUGAGCAUGUCUUUAGAAGGUUUUCUCAAAGUGAAGCAUCUGUAUCUUAAGCUUUGAGGCAAUGUGGACGUAUUGGGAGGAGACUUGACUUUAGAGAAUGUAGCCGCACAAGAAUGUGCAUGAGCAGGAAAGGGGCCCACUCUAAAUACGAAGCGAGACCCUCCCGUGUCAGGGUCGUCCUGGUUUCUUACCAUACUCGAUAGGACUGCAGGUCCUUAAAAGAAUCCUUUUCUGAGGUGAGGAUCUUUGGAGGUACUAAUGAAGUACAGUUUUCACUCUUUUAGUGAUAGUCUAAGAAGUAGUUUAUAAAUUGGCUCUACAGUAUUAUGAAACCAAGAAUGAGUUCCUUGAAAGGCUUGUCAGUUGAAAGGGGAAAGGUGCAUUUCAACUUGAGAACACAUUUUGUUGAAGUUGCCACUUCUUAACCCCCUUUAAGUACUUUAGCAGGGUAUGUGUUUGAUUUUCCUCAUGUCUUAAUUACCUAGGAGCAUAUUUUAAAAAGGGUUAAAAAAACAAAAAAGCUUGUAUCCUUAGGAUGCAUUGAUAACUGCACAGUGGGGGGAAAAAGGCCUUUUCUUACCUACCUCUAACGGUGUUAUCAGAAUCCGAUUCGGUUUAAAGCUCCAGGCCUGAGAAGUCUUCUCUGGAGUUUCUGCUUAUUUGUCUAUAGCAAGCAGUCUCCUAUCCCCAAACCUGAAACUGGACUAAACUUGUAAGGUUAGCAUUAGAUGAAGGUUAGUAUGUAUAUACCAAAGGGUAUUUCAAGUUAAUGUAAAAUCAAGAAGGCAGAAAUACCAUUUUUUUUUUAAGUCAUAAAGUUAAUUCCUCUCAAGAGACAUAAGUGUACUGAUACGAUGGCAGUCACUGUGUUGUCCAUUGUUAUUCCACUUCUUUAGUAAUUCUGUUUAAACUGUGAUUUUUUUUUUUAAUCAUUUUGGUGCAAUAUUUUAUUAUCCUUUAACCUCAGGAUAUUCAGACCAACAAGAUUGUGUUGCUGCUAAAAGUCUGAGCAGUGUUUUUAUGUCCCUCUCUCACCUCCUAGUCAAUCAAACGUUCACUUGUUUCUACUUUAAUCUGUUGGUUUCGUGAGCUGAAGAGUAUUUCUGCAUGCUGAGUGGAAGGGAGGUAGGGAUCCCCAUGAUAGACCUUUUGGACCAGCCCAGUGCUUUGGUUUUCUCUAUGUCCUAAGGGUUUAUCUAGAAACCCUGGUGCUUCCCAUGCCAAAUACUAUACUUCACUCAACUGAACGAUUAGCUUUUCUUUCGAGCAGUAUACUCAGUUAGAAAAGUCCUAAGGUUAAAUUUUGUAUGUAAAAAUUAGAUGGACAUUUGAUCAGGGAUUUUUAUAUAAACAUUAGGCAAAUGUACACUUUUAAUCCUUCUGGGCAUACCUCUCUUCUCUGUAAUCACGUAAGCAUCUUAAGCCGUUCUUCCAUUGUAAGCCCCUGUUGAAAAUCACAGUGCAAGCUGUUCUCCCAAUAAUUGCAAUACUGAAAUUGUCAUGAAUUAUUACUCCUUCCUUUGGUUUUUUGGUAAUCUUUUAUUUUGCUUUGUUUUCGUGUGUAAGUAAUUUACACACAACGUUGUCUGAUGCAUUGUCUCAUCAGUUUUAUUUGUACUUUAAAAAAAGAUCAUCAGCUAUUUCUUGACCUCUAAAUUACAGUUUACAUGUUUUAUCAAGACGUUGUCCAUCUCCAUGAUACCAAAACACAGUGAAAGAAACAACAAAAUUGUACAGAGAAAGAGAAAGUUUAAUUAUCUGACUGAAGGUAGAAAGGCAGCUGCUUACUAGGGUCUUCACUUGGAUUGUCUUGCCACCUUUUUUAAAGAAAUCAUAAAGUGCACCCAUCAAAUUAAAACAGAGCUGAUUUUCUAGCACGAGAAUAGCUAAAAGGUAUGAUUUGCCUUAUUGAAUUGAUAUUGGUAUAUCUGACCUUAAGCAGUAGGUUGAAACUGCAUACCUUUUUAUAAUCAAGAAGUUAUUUGAUGAAUGUAGAAGAUUCUACAUUGGAAUAGAAAAUACUUGGGAAUGACGAUAAAAAUUUAGCUGCUAUUUGCUUGUUUAUUCUUCUCUUGUUUCGUUUGCAAAGAAACCGUGGCCUUAGAAUUUUCUUUUUGAUGCAAAAUUUUUGAAAUUGCGAAUGUGCAUCUUUUGGCUACAAAAUUCUUCCAUGGGCAGAACUUUCAUGUUUUGUUUUGCACAAUAAGAAACUCAAUAGGCAGGGGUUAUGUUUUUGAUAAGUUAACUAUCAAAGCCUUUUAUUUUUAUUAUAAAAAUGUAACAAUUUAACCCACAAGAAAAAAAAAUUGUAUUUUGUACUCUUGUCUGAACCCCAUGGGUUCCUUUUGUUAAUAAAAUGAUUCCACUGAUGCUGUGA